UAAACCAGAUUUAAACCGGUUUAAACCAGUUUAAACCGGUUUGAAUCCAGUUUAAACCUGGUUUAAACUGGUUUAAACCAGUUUAAACCAGAUUUAAACCAGUUUAAACCAGAUUUAAACCAGAUUUAAACCAGUUUAAACCGGUUUGAACCAGUUUAAACCAGAUUUAAACCAGUUUAAACCAGAUUUAAACCAGAUUUAAACCAGAUUUAAACCAGUUUAAACCAGAUUUAAACUGGUUCAAACCGGUUUAAACCAGGUUUUCAGCUGUACAAAUGUGUUAUUUUCCCGUCAGUUUCUCUCUUUGACAGCCGUCUGCUCCGUCAGACUGAAACUCUCUUUAUGAUUUUUGAAAAUGUCGUAACAUCGAUGUUUCAUCAAAGACUCGGUUUAGUGUUCGGGGAGCUUCAGAUGGUUUGGCUUCACUUUAGUGGAGCUGUGGUGUCCUCCAUCUUUAGUACCUGCUCACCUGUUGAAGGUGAGGACGGCUGUUUAAAGAUUAUUACCGUUGUCGUUCGUGACCUCUGACCUUUGCUCUUGCAGGGUAAAGCUCACAGAGACAAACAGCUGGUCUACCUGAAGGACCACCUGGAUAAAUACUACCACAGCCGCGACAGGAAGUGGAUCGUCCUGUUUCCAGAGGGCGGCUUCCUGCGCAAAAGGCGGGAAACCAGUCAGCUGUUUGCCAAGAAGAACUCCCUCCCCCACCUGACCCACGUCACGCUGCCUCGACUCGGGGCCACCCACGUCAUCCUGAAGACCCUGUCGGCCCAGCAGGAGAACGGCAGCGUGAGCGGCGAGACCAAGACCCCCAACCAGACCGGUAAGCAUCAUGAAAGGUGGACCCCCUAACACCCUGAAAAACCCUGAAACCGUUUCAUCUUAGACCAGUUCUAGAGGCCCCCUGUUAUCUGCUCUGGUUUUAAGACUUGGACUCGCUGACUCGGGUACUUUCAGGUUCUGGUUUCUUUGUUUUCUCGCUUGUGUCGGCAGUCGUGGCCAAAGGAGGACUCAGACAAUUUUCCGAACUUUCUGGUUGGUUUCUACUGUCCGAUAUUGUAGCACGCUAACUUUGUUUGGGCUCCUGAACGACACGGGGGAGCAGCGUCUGCCUCACAACCAAUCAGGUUAGAGGAGGUGGAGAACGGCUUUGUUUACAGUCAGAAAGAGCGGACCGCUCAAAAAUGUUCAAAUGUUGACGACACAGACAGAAGAGAACACAGAGAUAUCAAUAUAUUACUAAAUAAUCAAUAACUAAUAACUAUUGACUGAUAUUAGAAGAUUCCUGUCUGACCCACCUUUUAGUUAAACCCUGUUUGGAUCAGAACCUCUCAAACUUCGUUUAGUAACUUGUCAGAGUGGAUCUGUCUGCAGAUUAAGAUAAUCCAGUUUGUGUUUUAAUCUGUAAUUUCACAGAACAUCGUAACGUCGUCCUGCUGCUGCUGUUCUGAUGAAUCCGUCUCUGAGUUUGGGUUUAACUGACACUUUAAUGCUGGUUCUGUUCAGAGUCCAGUCACUAUAAACACCUCCUUCUGGACCUGUGUGAAAGUCCAGUCCAGGUUUUACCAGGAGAGUCGUCCAGAUCUGUCAGAGCAGGAAGUUCGAUGUUUGAAGGUCCAUAAAAACACACAGGUCCAGAUCCAGGUCCAGAUCCAGGUCCAGGUCACUUUCACUUCACCCAGCAGACUCUCUGGGCCUGAGUCCAGAAUCCAUUUGAAGGUUCUGCUGCUGCUGCUGCUGUGUUCAGAGUAAUUUAGAGAGACUUUGGGUCAGCACCAGUCAGAACAUGCAGCAGCCGUCCUCAGGUCUGCUAACACAGCUGACUGUCCGUCAAACUAAAGGGGGAGGAGUCAGUCUGAACGGACCGUCAUAAAAUCACGAUUAAGGUUCAGUCAUGUGCUGACUCUGCACAAACUCUUCAUCAUCAUUUCAUCAUCAUCAUCGUCAUCCUCAGUGUGAACAAACAGCAGAGGGUGGAGGAGGUCUGACAGGAGAGGGAUACCGUCAUGUGUUCAUCGCACACACACACACGCACACACACACACACACGCACACACACACACACACGCACACACACACACACACAGUCUCCUGUGAUCCUGCAGCUCUGGUUGCUGCAGUGAUGCUCGUCCUUCUAUUUGAAUUUAGCUAAUGGCAUUAAAACACACACACACAUAUAACCACAAGAGCACUGUGCCCCUCUCCAUCCUGUGCUCUUUGCUGUGUGUGUGUGUGUGUGUGUGUGUGUGUGUGUGUGUGACCCUCCCUGAUGCUCUCUCUCUCUCUGCAGAGGUGUCCACAGCCUGCUGACUCACUCACAGAUAAAUGGACCACUCGGAGAGAAUCGGGUUAGAUGUAAACGUGCGUGCGUGCGUGCGUGCGUGUGCGUGUGUGUGUGUGUGGCGGCUCAGCAUGUGGGUCACCUGGAGUCUGUUUAAAACUGAUCAGGUGAUCGGAGAGCGUGAGUCAAUCAGAGGGUAACCCGGGGUUUCCACCACAUCCGGAACGGCGGCGAUACAUACAAAUAUACAUAUAUAUACAUAUUUAUAUAUACAUAUAUAUGUAUAUAUAAAUAUGUAUAUUUAUAUAUGUAUAUUUAAAUAUGUAUGUAUGUAUAAACAGUCCAGACUGAUGCUAACGGGUCAAACUGUCUUUUGUUUUUGUCCUCAGGUAAUAAACGUAAAGGUCUGCAGUGGGUCAUAGACGUGACCAUAGCGUACCCCAAAGCCAGACCCAUGGACAUCCAGACCUGGAUCUUUGGCUACAGGCCCCCUACAGUCACACACGUCCAUUACAGGUAAGAAUGACACCUGGGGUCACAUGACCUCUCACACACACUUCCUCUGACCGCCCUGUUUGUCAUGAGAGUAAAAACAGCAGAGGCUUCUUUUCUAUGCAAAUGAAAAACGCCGCCAACAUGCAAAAAACGGGCGGCUCAUGGAAAUGUUGGCGGUGAUGUCAUCAGGAGGAGGCGAGGAAACACUGAUGGUUGGAAAGAGGAGUGUUUAAUCCAGGGGGGUCACCACGGAGACCCCACUCACUCUCCUGUACCUGAACACCCUCCAUCUUCAUCCUCCUCCUCCUCACCUCCAACUCCCCCCUUUAACCUUGAGUAACCUCCUGACACAGACCGUGUGUGUGUCUGUCAGUCCGUUUCCAUGACACUGGAGAAAACCGAAUUAUCGCCUUAUUCCGAUAAAGACCGGACAACUGAAGGUCAUGUAAACACCUUAGUCUGAUUAAGACACCCAGAUGAUGUGAUUGUAAUCCGAUUUUCUCUUCCAUGUAACCAGCGUAGUCGGAGUAUGAUCGGACACGCCCCUUUAACCCCGUACCAAACCCCCAGAGUAGAGGAGUAGCGUUGGUCUCCUCUUUAGAAAAAGUAGCGCGUCCAUCAUGUCGGACAAAAACAACGCUGUACGAUGCUCCAUCUUCUUGUUUCUCCAGCAGCAGUUGUAGACACUUCUGACGUCUGACACCGACCUGCUGUUGUUGUUGACGGUUGUCUGUGAACGUGUGUGUGUGUGUGUGUGUGUGUGUGUGUGUGUGUGUGUGUGUGUGUGUGUGUGUGUGUGUGUGUGUGUGUGUGUGUGUGUCAGAGGUGAGAGAGGACAGAGCCAAAUGUGAUUUAUGAACCCCGGUCUUCCCGGCUCCUCUCUGGAGGUUUAACUCCCACAUGGUCCAGAUCUAAGGACUCAUUAGUCUGUAAUUAGACCAGCAGAGGGUACACACACACACACACACACACACACACACACACACACACACAGACACACACACACACAGACACACACACACACACACACACACACACACUUGGUCAGCAGUUCUGAGACUGACGGGUCUGAAGGUUUAGCUGCUCUUGGUCCGACUUCAGCAGGUUCAGGUCCAGCUGUGGAGACGGUUCUGAUCCUGCUGAAGUCGGACUCCUGCUGGUCCAGGUGCAGAGUCUGCUGUGGGGGGGGGCAGGUCAGGGAGACACCUGAAGACCAGGUUCCUGCUGCUGUGUCAGUGAAGGAGAAAUCCUCCUGAGAGGGUCCAACAAAAACAGAACCAUGAAGAAUAUUAUGGGAUGGAAAAAGAUUCAGAACACAGAUCUCCUCAGGAACAAGGAGACCAGAACAGGGACCAGGAACUGGACUUACCUGACUGAUGAAGAACUGACUGAUCAGGAGUUCUGAGUUUUUACAGUCAGCUGUUGUUGUUGGAGCCGACAGACACAGACAGACACAGACAGACACAGACAGACAGACACAGACAGACAGACACAGACGGACACAGACAGACACGGACGACACAGACAGACAGACACGGAUGGACACAGACAGACACAGACGGACACGGACGGACACAGACAGACACGGACGGACACAGACAGAUGGACAGACAGACAGACAGACACAGACAGAUGGACAGACAGACAGACACAGACGGACACAGACAGACACGGACGGACACAGACAGAUGGACAGACAGACACAGACAGACACAGACGGACACGGACGGACACAGACAGACACAGACAGAUGGACAGACAGACACAGACAGACACAGACGGACACGGACGGACACAGACAGACACAGACAGAUGGACAGACAGACAGACAGACAGACACAGACAGACACAGACAGACAGACACAGACGGACACAGACAGAUAGACAGACAGACACGGACAGACACAGACAGACACAGACAGACACGGACGGACACAGACAGACACAGACGGACAGACAGACGGAUGGACACGGACAGACAGACAGACACAGACGGACAGACAGACAGACAGACACAGACGGAUGGACGGACAGACAGACAGACAGACAGACACAGACAGAUGGACAGACAGACAGACAGACGGACACACCCCUUAACGACCUUUAGGACGAGGACUCUGAAGUUCCAAACAGCCUGUUUUUUUUUUUCUGAAGCUUCUUCUUGAGUUGGAGGAACAAAGAUCCUCCUGAGUCUGUCCUGAUGAGGAUGUGGCUCCAGGUGUCUGUCCCUCACCUGUCCUGGUGUCCGUCCCUCACCUGUCCCGGUGUCUGUCCCUCACCUGUCCUGGUGUCUGUCCCUCACCUGUCCCGGUGUCUGUCCCUCACCUGUCCUGGUGUCUGUCCCUCACCUGUCCAGGUGUCUGUCCCUCACCUGUCCAGGUGUCUGUCCCUCACCUGUCCUGGUGUCUGUCCCUCACCUGUCCUCUUGAGUCUCUGUGUUCGGUCCCAUGAACUGCAGCACAGGUACAAAGAUCAGAUGGACUCAGAGUUCCUGGGUCAGACAGUCCUGUGUUGUCCUGGACCUCAGACCCCGCCCCCCUCCUGUACCUGAGGUCUUCUGUAGUCCUGGACCUCAGACCCCGCCCCCCCUCCGUACCUGAGACCUUCAGGGGAAACAGACAGCUGAGAAGAUUCCAGAUGAGUCCCCUCUGAGCGCUCGCUCCUUUUUUUUUUAAUCCCUCCACCUCUGUGGUUUUCCCCUCGCUGUCUCCGCUCCUCGCCCUUUGGCCCCGCCCUCCCUCCCUUCCUCUCCUCAUAUAGUCUCGCUCUUCCAGAUUGCAGCAUCAUAAGCCGUGGAUGAAUGGCAGAUGGGAGUUGUAGGUGGGCGUAGUGAGGCCUGGUCAGGGCAGCAGUGGGUGUUAAACACGUCUCCCCCCUCUCUCUCUUUUUUCCGUCUGCUCGGCGUGUUUCUGAAAAUCUCUCUGAAGGUGAUUUAUGGACUCUGCCUGCUCAUCACACGGACGUUUGGAGCUGCACACCUGGUUUUUCUCUCUCAGAAGUGUUGAGUUUGCAGACGUAGAGCUGCAGCUUUUUAAAGAUGUCUGACGACGCUGCAGGUUCUUCCUCUUUGCUUACAGAGAGAUCUAGAUGUCCUAGAUUCACCAUCGAUAACUCUUCCUGUCUGUCUGUCUGUGAGGACCUCCUCUGUGAGGACCACCUUUAGGGUCUUUACGGGACACUCGUCGCCUUAGAAACUCGUCACAGGAGUUUUGCGGAGGAGGACACGUUCACGUCAAUAAUUCGAUUUUCUCAGCUGCACGUAAACGAGGACAAGGAGAGAAGUCGGAUUCAACUCUGUGCGUGCGUGUGUGUGUGUGUGUGUGUGUGUGUGUGUGUGUGUGUGUGUGUGUGUGUGAGUGCAUGUGUGUACGUGUGUGUGUACGUGUGUGUGUGUGUGUGUGUGUGCGUGUGUGUGUGUGUGCGUGUGUGUGUGUGUGCGUGCGUGCGUGCGUGCGUGCGUGCGUGUGUGUGUGCGUGUGUGUGUGUGUGUGCGUGUGCGUGUGCGUGUGCGUGUGCGUGUGCGUGUGUCUGUGCGUGUGCGUGUGCGUGUGCGUGUGCGUGUGCGUCACGACCUGAGUGAGAGUGAAUCCAGAUGGGGGCGGGUCAGAAGAAGAACCCUGUCCCUCACAGAAACACAUGACGCUCCGGACCGGGGGGGGGACAAACCCACUCCACUCACAGAACUCUCCGCAGGGUCGCCUCUCCAUCACUUAGUCAUGAAUAUCCAGAACCAGAACCAGAACCAGGCGCCUGAGAUCAGCGGGGAACAGACCCGAACCCUGACCCAGCAGCAGUGAAGGACUUUGGACACAACUGAAGGACUCUUCAGACCCUCACAGUCGGGUCUUGUGAUACCGGGUCAGUACAGACAACAUCCUGCUGCAGCGGACCUUCAGUACCAAGCUCUGCAGUGAUGCAUGAUGGGAAUGAAGGAGAAAAGGGAGGAGGAGGAGCUCUGGACUUGAAAAGUUUGAGGGUUCUUCAGUUUGUUGUUGUUCAGGUGAAAACUGUUUCCUGCUGGUUUCUGAUUGGAUGAUGAGACACACCUGGUGGAUUCUAAUGAGGAAGUAGUUGAAUAAACCGAGUGUAGAGAGGGGGUCCAGGUGGGGCUCUGUAUGGAUCUGCUUCUGUGGUCACCUCAGAACCAUCAGGCUGACCUCUCACCUGUGUGGUUAUCAAGUCUGCUCCAGCCCCGUCAUUGUCUUCUUCUUCUUCGGUGGUUUUAUGGCCUCUUACUCACGACCUCUGCACCCAUAAGAGGUCGGCGCUCCCGGGCGAGGCCGUCAUUAACCUUUCCUCCACUCUUCCAACACCCUCCACCCCUCCCUGUGUCCUCACAUGACCUCAGCUCCACCCGUGACAGAGGGCUGCUCCACGUCGACUCUCAGGGAUCAAAGUUUAAGGUCCAGUUCUGCUGAAGCUCGGAUCAGCCAAUCAGGAGAGACCGUCAUAAUGAUGUCAUUUAUUUCACUGAGAUCUCCCAACGAGCCGUUUUAACCCUCGAAACGCUGCUGAGGAGGAAUCAGCUGAUCAAUAAAAACACUGUCGUCAAAGAGAUCGGAUACUAAAGGUUAACUGUGAGAUUCUCGACCAGGAAACAGAAAAAAACUACAACAGGAAACAGGAAAACUACAACAGGAAACAAAAAAAACUUCAACAGGAAACAGGAAGAAACUACAACAGAAAACAGGAAAAAACUACAACAGAAAACAGAAAUAAACUACAACAGGAAACAGAAAAAAACUACAACAGAAAACAGGAAAAAACUACAACAGGAAACAGAAAAAAACUACAACAGGAAACAGAAAAAAACUACAACAGGAAACAGAAAAAAAACUACAACAGGAAACGGGAAAAAACUACAACAGAAAACAGAAAUAAACUACAACAGGAAACAGGAAAAAACUACAACAUGAAAUGGAAAUACAUUUCAACAGGACUUUCUCUUUUCUUUGUUUUGUUGUUUUUUGUUGGUUCGACUUCAGUGAAGAUUUUUUUUAAUGAGAUUUCUUCGACAGCCGAGCAGUUUCAGAUUCAGUUUCAGUUUCAGAUUCAGAUUCAGUUUCAGAUUCAGAUUCAGUUUCAGAUUCAGAUUCAGUUUCAGAUUCAGCGCCACAGUCUGUUUGGAGUCCUGAUGUUCGGUCCUGGGUCUGAUGAUACCGGUCUCUGUUCUGGUUGUUCGGUCCUGUGAGUCCACAGGUGGUGGUUCUGUGACGUGGUCUUGUGGACCUGUACUCCUCAGCUGAUCUUCCGUUUAUCCGUUUGUCCUUUUUUUGUACGUCUGCUGAUGAAGACUCUGUGGAGUUUGUUACCAAACUGUUUCCUGGAACACAGACGGCGCUGAAACAGACAGGAAGCAGAUUAAAGACUAAAUGGACCAAUUAAAGAGCUCACUCCCACCCUCCCUCAACUUCCCUCUGAUGGCUGAUAAGCAGCCGGCGUUCUGUGGGUUAGAGCCCCCCCUGAGUCAGGCAGAGAGAGAGUGUGGUUUACUUUACCAGGAGGUCUGCUUCAUCAUCAUUAUCAUCAUCAUCAUCAUCAUCAUCGAUCCACACAGCUUUUACAUAACCCCAUCAUGGCUCUGUCAUCCACAACAACAACACCGCCGCCGCUGCUGCUGCCGCUGCUGCCGCCGCUGCUGCCGCCGCUGCUGCUGCUGCUGCUGCUGCUCUCUGUUUAAGGGGGGGGGGGGGGCAGAGAGGGAGAGUUCAGAGCAGUACUUUGGUAUUUUGGGUAUUUGGACCUGAUGAAGUCUCUUAUCUCACAGCCGGAGUUUCUCCCUCUGGGGGGUCCCGUGGACCCUCCUGUCUGCUAAUCUCUAUAUUCACAAACACUGACCCGGUCUCUCAGGGCCCCUCAGCACCACAGAGUCCCCCAAACAAAGACCGACCCCCCUCCAAAGAGGUCUGUGGAGUGGACAGAGUUCAGCUUCCUCACCUCCUUAGAGGAGGAGCCCGGGUCUGAGGAGACCAGGUCUGAGGAGCCGGGGUCUGAGGAGACCAGGUCUGAGGAGCCGGGGUCUGAGGAGCCCGGGUCUGAGGAGCCGGGGUCUGUGGAGACCGGGUCUGAACAGGAGCUGGAUGAUCAGUCAGUGGUCCUGAGAAACCAGGAUGAGUUCUUCCUCCUGAUGGACUCUGUGGUUCAGAGAAACUGUCUCAGCAGGGUGUCAGGUUAACUGGCGGCCCGCUGCCAAGUGGGUUAGGGUGGAAAUGUGAGCGGAGCCGUGGCGCCGUGCCAACACGUCACCGCCGUUUCCUCUCCACCAGCAUCAGUGUUGUUCGGCGUGACGGCGCUCGGCUCAGAACAACAAACAGCAGCAGACGACCCGUGUUUCCUUUCACUCUGAUGACAGACGAGAGUUUCCUCCACCGAGGAGCAGAGCCGCCGUCUACACUGACCCAUCCAGGUCUGUAGAGUUCUGAAGAACCAGCAGGAGACCGUUUGGACUUCUUACAGACAGGCCAUGAAAAACUCACAAAAACCACCGCUGACAAAGUCCAGCGUCUUCUGGACCUCGCAGAGAGGACCCCAGUCCUGUACCAGCUCUCUCUGAGAGCCCAACAUUCAUCCUCGGGUUUGAAGUUCUUGUUGUUCCACGGUCUGAACCACCGCGGUCCAAAGUGAGACCCUCCUCCAUGUUCCCAUGAAGAACCCGUCCCAUCAGCUGAUCUUCGAGGACCUUCUCAUCGUUUCUCUGCUUCUUUUCAAAGUCUCAGUCCUUCACACUUGAACUCCAGCGGUCCUCAGAAUCUCUGAAAGAUCCGGAUCACUUCACCUGCUGCCCACAGUCCUAAAUACUGGAACCUGGAGGCCCAAAGCCGGUUCCUCUGAGCUCCUCCAGGAGAACACAGAGACCCUCCCUCCUGGUCUGGACUCACCAAUAUUUGAUAACAGUCCAAGAGUUUCCAGGUCUACAGCUGCUUUCUGGAAGCUCCUGGACUUUUCCAGGACCCUGCUGAGAGUGCCCUGGAGAAACCCCGUCUGAGAGACCUGCAGGACAAGGGUCUGAAGAUCUGAACCAAGUCUGGGUCCGAUCAUCGGCCCGGCCUCUCAGACCUGUGCGGCUGUUAACGGCGUUUUCAGAUGAUCAAUGAUCAAUAACUGGAACGAUCUGAAGGUCGUGAUCGUUUUAUUCUGGAAACAUCGUCUGUGGAUUUCAAGGACUCAAGGACUCAAAGACUCAAACUUCUGAAGUCCUGGAAAGUUUGGGAGGAUUUCCUGGAGCUCUUGAACCUUAGAUCCAUGUCAGAGACGUUUAGAUUCCCGUGAAUAAAGUUUUCAUUCAGGAAGUGACCUCAUGAUGAACUCAUUCAUUCAUUCAUCCUGGAAAAGGUUUGUCGUCGGUGUGGGACCCACUCCUGAGUGUGCGUGUUGUUGUUGUGAUUCUGGGGUCAGUGUAAGAGAACCACCGUGGCUGCUGAUUGGCUGAUACCUGCGGUCAGAGAUGAAACACUUCCUGUUCCUGCGUUCAAACCAUCAGACAUCACAGAACAGACAGGACGCCGCCGCCCCCGCCUCCGCUGAGAUAUGUGCUUUUAAAUACAAGCCGAUCACUCUGGUAAUCAAUACGUCUCCACCCACUGACGAAGCGUCCUCCAGGAUGUAGUUGAAGAGUGAUGGGAGCAGAGGAAGUGCUGCUGUGAGCGAGGAGGAGGAGGAGGAGACAGUAACCUCUGUUUGAAGGUGACCAGCAGAGGCAGCAGAGCGCUGAGGACCCCUUCUGGCUGUAAAGAACAUCAGCAGCUGUUUUCACACCGUCAGCGCAGUCUGACCUUAUUUUUUUAUUUAAGUCAUCAUAAAUAUUCUGUCUAUUUUAUAAGUGAUUUUAUAAAUAAAUAUAUUUUUUUAUUUAAACUCGACUCACAGACUGUCUCUGCUGAGGAGAUGCUGCUGAAAUAUUAAAAACUAAAAUUAAAGUCAGAGAAGAAAACUGCAAACAUCAGCGGAGCGUCCGUUUUAAAUCUAUAACCCUGAUAAUAAUAAUAAUAAGUCAGUGUGUCACAUCUGUAUGACGUCUGCUCUUUCACUUCUCAUGUGUUCAUUCACUCACCUUCAGGCUGCUCAGGUCUCAUCUGUGUGUGGGAAACACCGAGGUGUUCUAAUGAGGAUGAAAGGGUGAAAGUACAACAUCUAUGAUUUAAAAUAUCAUACAAAAGCAAACAACCUCACAACAACGAGAAAAAAUAAGACAAGUUAAAAGAUGAGACAUGAUGAGAAACGAUGAGAGGAGAUAAAGAUGAGAAACAGGAAGUGAAGAAGGUAAAUCUGAUCUCCUUCAGCGUUCCUGAGGACGUUCUCAUUCCGAUCUCUGCUCCUCUCAGAGAAGUGAAGGUCUUUGAGUCUCAGGCUGUUCAUGUCGUCCUUUACUGCAGCCCAUGAUACAGUCAUGUGACUCUAAAAUCACUAUGGCAACCAAAUAAACAGAACAGUGUAGGUCUCCCACUGCUCACAGAGAUGGUUGUAAUCAGAGUUAACGGUGAGAAAACCGACCGAGGACAGACUAAAGACUGACCGAGGACAGACUAAAGACUGACCGAGGACAGACUAAAGACUGACCGAGGACUGACAAAAGACUGACCGAGGACAGACUAAAGACUGACCGAGGACUGACUAAAGACUGACCGAGGACAGACUAAAGACUGACCGAGGACAGACUAAAGACUGACCGAGGACAGACUAAAGACUGACCGAGGACAGACUAAAGACUGACCGAGGACUAAAGACUGACCGAGGACUGACAAAAGACUGACCGAGGACAGACUAAAGACUGACCGAGGACAGACUAAAGACUGACCGAGGACUGACUAAAGACUGACCGAGGACAGACUAAAGACUGACCGAGGACUGACAAAAGACUGACCGAGGACAGACUAAAGACUGACCGAGGACAGACUAAAGACUGACCGAGGACAGACUAAAGACUGACCGAGGACAGACUAAAGACUGACCGAGGACAGACUAAAGACUGACCGAGGACUGAGUUACAGGAGCAAAAGACAGAUCGAAGACCCAGAGUCCUCCUCCUGACCCGUCUGUCUCCUCUGAAACUCUGAUAAAUUCUCCUAAAACAAGUCCACCAUGACAGCCUCGCCCUGCUGAGACCAAGACUGACUCCCCGGGUGUGUGGGGGUCUCUGUCUUCAGGUCUCCUCUGUGUAGACAUGAGAGACCUCAGUGGUCCUGGUUUGUGUCCUGAUCUCUCCCUGUCUCUUUAGGAUGUACCCCAUAAAGGAGGUUCCUGUGGAGGCCGAGGCCCUCACUGACUGGCUCUACCAACGGUUUGUGGAGAAGGAGGAUCUGCUGGCCCACUUCUACGACACAGGUCUGUAAAAUUAAUUCAGGGUCAAACCCACCGUAACACCGAGUUAGACCCCCCCCCCCAGAGAUGAAUGUUGUCGACCGCUUGCUUCUCUAGUUAUACCAACUUUAGUAACGACCGCAGGAUAGAAAUACAGAGAGCCACGCCCCCAACCAAAACGCCACUCUAUAGCCACAAAUAAUGCUCAGAACAGCACCUAACUUCAUCAACAGGACAUAUAGGGUCACAGACAUAGUACUAUAUUCAGAGUUGUUCUAACUCCUAAGAAAACAUAAACUUAAGCGGGGGCGUUUCUCCACCUCUGUAGUCUAUAAACUGGGCCGAUAAACUUCUACUGUAGUAAAAUGAAAAGGUAAAGGUGUUUUUAUUGAGCCGAAUUAUCAAUAAAAUCAUGAUUUUGUUAACAGGUAUGGAUUUAUGUGCUGUCGAGUUAAUAUAUUUGAACAAGAGCACAGUAAAGUUAAAUCAGCUAAUUUUCCAAUGAGGUUCUGUUACUGAACAGAACUACACCAUGAUCUACUGAGGUUAGUACAUAUAGGGUCACAGACAUAGUACUAGACACCAAACAUCUUUGUAACUUUGACUCAUUUCUUUAGCAAAGAGACUAAACACAACUCACCUACUCUCUUCCAGCAGACGCUUGUUUGUAGAGAGACCUCAGGCCAGUCCAUUACAGACUACAGCGGGGUGCCGCAGCUCAAGGAAGAACAUUUAUGAUCAUUUCUUCAUGGAAAUACAAUCAGACCGAGACGCUAAGACAGAAGAACUACCGCGUCUGUAAAAUGAUUAAUAUGGUGAUUAUUACUUCAAGGAAAUGAUAAAGAAAUGAUCAUAAAUGUUCUUCCUUGAGCUGCGGCACCCCGCUUUAAUGUGACGCUGAUGUAAACUCUUCUGAUUGGUCAAUGUUUUGUCCUCCAGGAUCGUUCCCUCCUGAGGACGGACAGAAGGAGGCGGCUCCUCGACAGAUGACCCUUGACCCCGUGUGGCUGUGCAUGAUCCAGUCGUUUGCUUUCAUCUCGGGCUACAUGUGGUACCGGGUCCUCCAGAACCUCUACUGCUCUUUAUUCUGAGGAGGCGGGUCUUAGCGGGACUUCUGGAAAAGCCUCAGGAUCAGUUGGUGAACGGCCCGGUGCCCCCCCCCCCCAAAACAACGAUGGAUGAAUGUAGACUGACCCCGCCCCCACAGUCUGAAACUGGUCACAUGAUAGUUAAACUGGUCACAGUCCAAACGCCGCACUCCAGUAAUCUCUCACACUCAUCACCACCACUCACAUCUGGAUGUUUACACACACACACACACACACACACACACAGGUACGUGAGUUUUUAUUUAGAGACUCAGGACUGAACCCCCCCCCCAGGCUUUAGCCGCUGUAGUUUGACAAGAUGGACGUGUCUGAGCGCAGCAUCUAGAGGAUGAACGUCUUUGUCUGGACAUGUAUGAGAGCAGCAUCUAGAGGAUGAACGUCUAUGUAUAGACGUGUCUGAGAGCAGCAUCUAGAGGAUGAACGUCUUUGUAUAGACGUGUCUGAGAGCAGCAUCUAGAGGAUGAACGUCUAUGUAUAGACGUGUCUGAGAGCAGCAUCUAGAGGAUGAACGUCUACUCCUCCUUCCUGCUGAGAGUCGAUGAAGCCCACAGACCCACAGCUGAAGAGCUGACCACGCCCUCCCAGAGCGAGCGGCUGUUCCAGCGUUGAGGCUGCGCCGCCGGCCGCUCCUCUGGCCUCCAUUGCACUAAGGAUCCAUACUGCCCUCCCCCUCGCCACUCCCUGUCGCCCCCCGGUGGUCGCUGUUUUUGUCUGUGUUUCUUUCUUUUCUUCUUCGGACCCACAUAUCUCCACAGAAACAGCCGUUGGACUCGACGUGGUUUCCUUUCCUCCUGUCUGUCUUUAUUCUGAGAACACAGAGGGGGGUCGUGUUUACACUGGCGGCCAUGAUGGCGAGCGUGAUGAAGGGUCACCUCUGUGUGGGACGUUAAAGGGAGGGACAGGAGGCGGUGCUGUAGUCCUAGAUUAAAAAUAACGAGCUGGCCGAGAGUUUCCGUCUGAUCGCUUCAAAAAAAUGAAAAAACAAAAAACUCCUGUGGACCCCCCCCCCACACACACACACACACUCUUCAGUCACACACAAAUACACACUUUGUGCACACACAGCCGUGUGCAACUACACACAGCAGAGUCCACAUGGGUGUGGAUCCUCUCUGAAGGCCGAGACUCUCCGUCGUCUUCGUCGUCCCUCAUGGACUCCAUAGUUUUACAAAUAUUUAAGCCAUAUGCUCGGAGUGAUCGGGGCCGGACAGAACUGGACUGAACCGGGUCUUCUCAGAACCCGGUCUUCUCAGAACCUGGUCUUCUCAGAACCUGGUCUUCUUAGAACCGGGUUUUCUGCCCCCAUGUUCAAAAAUAGAGAUUUGGGCUUACAGAACUUUAGGUGUCAUUACUGUAAAUUUACAGCAUAACCUGCCUAAGUGAGUGUGAGUGUGAGUGUGUGUGUGUGUGUGUGAGUGUGUGUGUGUGUGUGUGAGUGUGUGUGUGUGUGUGUGUGUGUGUGUGUGUGUGUGUGUGUGUGUGUGUGUGUGUGUGUGUGUGUGUGUGUGUGCGUGCAUGAGUGUGUGCGUGCGUGUGAGUGUGUGUGUGUGUGUGUGGUCGGUCGUCUUUUCCUCCUUUUUGAUAAAUACCAUUCUUCACACGGUGACAUCAGAGCGCAGCAGCGGCGGCGGCGGCGGAUUCACCUGGGGUGGUGGACUUUAGAGUUCCUGGUACACAGACCCUGGUCCUCCUGGUCCUCCUGGUUCUCCUGGUCCUCCUGGUCCUGGUCUGUUUCAAUCUUGUACAUACUGAAGCUGAGGAGGAAAUGACUGCAGCAGCUUUCUCUGUUUUUAAUUUUGGUCCGUGACGAUUUCAGAGGAUGUGAGACGAAGAUAUCAAGUUUAUUUUGUUUUUAUUUGUUUUUAUUUUGUUUUAUCUUGUUUUACUUGUUUUAUUUUGAAGUUGAGGAUGUGGGCAGAGAUGUUUUCACCUCUCAGUGUUAUCCUGUGAUUUUAAUUUAUUUCAGUUUUGGUUUCAUGGUUUCAAAGUUCCUGACCCGGACGGGGCCACCUGCCUGUCUGUGUGGCGGCGGCGGAGCGUCGGCCCGGUUUCAGAAGAUCAUACUGUCGUAAAUUUAAAUCAGGACUUUGUGGAAAACCUGGACUAUCAAGCCUUACCUGAAGUCCAGGUGGACCCGGUCCCAGACGAUGCUGUUCCCCUGCACUCUAAUGAGGUUUGAUGGUUCGGAGGUCAAACGUGGAGGAAGUCACGGUUCUUCACCUCUGAAGGAGACUCUGGCGGGGCCCUGAAUGACUCAGCUGAAUGUUCUCGUGGUUCUAAGAAUCACGUCUGUCUGAUCGCCAUCAUUGGUGCAUUAAAAGAGGAAGCCCCGCCCCCUUCCUGCCGUGUUUCGCCGUUAGUCCAAACCGUCUGUGUGAAGUUAAUAAAGGGCUACCUCACCGGGUAGGUAAACUCCUGUCAGCUCCUCCUCCAGCGGCCCUCUCAGACUCUCCUCCACGGUGAGAAAAAAAAAAACUCCAUUUUAUUAUUUUAAUUUUUUUUAUCAUGUUUGACUUUUAUUCUUUUUUAAUUUUCUCACCAUGUUUCCAAAGAAGGCAGCAGGGAAAUGAUGUUUUCCUAGACGUGGUUUUAGGAAAUCAGCUCCAUAGGGAUUUAAAGAAAUCUAGAACUGUCUGUAAUUUUCCAUUUUGUACUUCUCCUUUAAUUCCUAGCUACACAGCCAUUUUACAACACAGAAGACUUGUGCUGGAAUAAAACAUCCUAAAGAUCCCAACAGUCGAAUUCUUCUCUUUAUUCAGUCUCUGAACACAGGAGGAGGAGGAGGAGGAGGAGGAGGAGGAGCUCCACGGCGUCCUGGAGGAGAAACCCAGAGAGGACUUCCUUCACCUCCUGAUUCCAGUGACCGUUUUUAAAAUGGCGGAAACGUGACGCUGUAAAUUCACGGAGAAUAUUCAGACGGGCUCAGUGAUCUUUCUAACAUCGCUGAGACGGAGAGAUCCAAGAGUUCAGUCAGGAGGCGUGGCCACCUGAACCUUACAGCAAAAAUCAACACGUCUGAAGUAGCACAGUUAAAGGGAUAUUACGGUGUGAAAUUAACCCUCUUUACCCCAGUACUCUGUCUGUGACCCUCUAUGUCCUGUUGAUGAAGUUAGGUGCUGUUCUGAGCAUUAUUUGUGGCUAUAGAGUGGCGUUUUGGUUGGGGGCGUGGCUCUCUGUAUUUCUAUCCUGCGGUCGUUACUAAAGUUGGUAUAACUAGAGAAGCAAGCGGUCGACAACAUUCAUCUCUGGAGGGGGCGGGGUCUAACUCGGUGUUACGGUGGGUUUGACCCUGAAUUAAUUUUACGACAGAAUAUCCCUUUAAAUCAGGAGGCGUGGCCACCUGAGCCUUACACCAAAAAUCAACACGUCUGAAGUAGCACAGUUACCGUCAUGUCUGAGGGUGGACGUGAUGAAGCGCUCUUUGACAGCAGGACGGUCAGUUAGCUCCAGAGAACAUGGAUCUGCUCCUCCAGCUCCUCUCAGGUUCUCGUCUCGCCGUUCUGAAUCCUGAGGGGACAGAAAGUUCUGGAGAGUUAAACCAGAACAUGGUCUCUUCAUGGUUCUGAUGGGAUCAGAGAACCAGCUGAGAAACCGGGCCGUGGAGCAGGACAGAGUUAGUCUUCAUCAAACCCAGAACCUUUAGUGACCGCAGAGGUCGUCUGAUAAUUGAUCAGAACAUCAGGGUGUCGUCAAUAAAACAGGUGAUCGAUCUCCUGAGAGGCUGAAGAACGUCGUCUCUGAUCAGAGGAAGACGACAUCUUUAAAACGGCGAGUUUCAGUGUUUUCAGAGAUCAUGAUGGUCUUUCCUCUGAUGUUGGAGAAAAUGAAGGUCAGAGUGACAUCAGUGCCCCCCCAACACACAGACA